AUGGCGGCGACCACCACCCAGUCGUCUUCACGCCCGCCUGCCCAGCCCAGCUACAUAUUCCGCGGUCAUUCUGCGGCCAUCCACAGCGUCCAGAUAAUUCGCCAGAACCGCCGCUUGCUGACCGGGGAUGCUGAUGGCUGGGUCGUGUCCUGGAAUUUGGAAUCCAAACGACCUGUGGCUGUGUGGAGAGCCCAUGAGGCUACCAUCCUGGGAGCCGAAGAGUGGUCGACAGACAAAAUCAUAACUCAUGGCCGGGAUAGCGCCCUGAGGAUAUGGCAGCUAGGAGAUGGCGACGAAGCACACCUUUCCAAAGUCCUGCCUGCCGAUGGAUCAGGCAUACAUCGUCCGAAGCCAUGGUUGUUGCACACUCUUCCGGUCAAUACCUUGAACUUCUGCGCCUUCUCCAUGUGCCGUGAGCACCGUGACUCUACCCAGCAGCAGACUGCUUCGCAUGCUGGGGUCGCUGAUUCUAUCCUGGUAGCUGUACCAGCGAGAGACGACAAGAAGAUUGAAGUCUACCGCUUCCCUGAGGAGAAGCUGGUGUAUGUGGUGCCUCAGGUUCAGCCCACCGACACUGGCAUGACCAUGGCAGUAAAGCUUACCUACCAUCGGCCUUCAAACAAGCUCCUGUUGAUCGCCGGAUACGAGGGCGGCUUCACCGCAGUCCAUCUCCUUGGCACCAGUUCCCAAUAUAGCUCCGAGGCAACAACGGAUCCAGCGCUGCAGCUUGCGCAGACCAUCUACCUUAGCCAGCCGCAUACUCAACCUAUCCUCUCGCUAGAUGCCCUACCGGAUGCCAAGGUUUACUUCACGUCUUCUGCUGAUGCAGUCAUCGCUGCUCACCGGAUCCCCGAGCUGCCCGUUGAUAUCGGGUAUGCGUCUGCGUCUUCAGGAGAGGGGAUAUCAGAAUUAGAGUCGUCAUCAAUUGGCCCAUCCAGACCGGAGCACGUAUCUGCAGGUCCUGCUGCGGAGGACAAUCCACGAAUAUCAACCACCAAGGAUGAGGACUCGCAGUCCCUUUUCCAAGCAGAAUCUCUUUCAGGCCUGCAAGCCGAACCCUCCAAACCUUCCGGCCUCUCAUCUCUCCUUGCAAAAGCCGCACCACAGCCCAACGUCAAUCCCAAACCACCACCUCCCCAACAGCUCACCAUCCAACCGCCCUUCCAAACAACCCAAACCAAACAUUCCGGCCAGCAAUCCCUGCGCGUCCGCUCCGACGGCCGCCUUCUCGUCACCGGCGGCUGGGACAGCAGAAUCAGGAUAUACAGCACAAAGACUCUAAAGGAGGUGGCCGUGUUGAAGUGGCACAAUGAUGGCGUGUAUGCUGCUGGCUUCUCGGAAAUAUUGGACAGCACGGAUGAGAGACUGUCGGGCCUGAGUAGGUUGCAAAAACAGAGAGAGGUGCGGAUUCAAAACAAGCAUUGGGUGGUGGCUGGGGCUAGGGAUGGGAAGGUGAGUCUUUGGGAGGUGUUUUGA